AUGUCGGAGUACGUUUACAAAGGAUACGACUGCGCUAAUAUAGAUCUUAAAACUAAUUCGCUUCAAUCUCAUGAUGAAAUUAGAAUGCAUAUAAAUGCCCGAUAUGUAAGUGCAUGUGAAGCCAUGUGGAGAUUAUUAGAAAAUCGUAUGCAUGAUCGAUCUCACGGUAUAAAUCGAUUAGCAAUACACUUGCCAUUUCAUCAACCGGUAUAUUUUAUAGAAGGACAAGAACGUCAGGCAUUAGAGAAAUCUGCCAGCAGAAAUACUACAUUAACUGCCUGGUUUGAAUUAAAUAAAACUGCCUGGUUUGAAUUAAAUAAAAAUGAUGUUAAUGCCCGUCAAUAUUUAUAUGUCACUAUACCAUAUCAUUAUACUUUCAGCGCUAAUAAGUGGAAACUUAGACAAAGACAAAACAAUAUAAUAUCAAGGAUGUAUACUGUUGAUCCUAAAUCCGGCGAGAGAUUUUUCCUACGUUUAUUAUUACUUCAUGUUGUUGGCGCCACAAGUUUUGAAUAUUUGAGAACUGUUAAUGGAGUUUUAUAUAAUACUUUUAAAGAGGCGGCUUUUAAAAGAAAUUUAUUGGUUGAUGACAAGGAAUGGGAAGCAUUUAUGGAAGAAGCGUCAACAUUUUUAAUGCCCAUACAGUUGCGUCAAUCGUUUGCCUUUAUUUGUAUUUUUUGUGAGCCAGAAAAUCCAAAUAACCUCUGGGAAAAAUUUAAAAAAUAUAUGAUAGAAGAUUUCGCACAUACCCAUACAGAUUCUAUUGCAAUUAAUAUGGCCUUAUCAGAUAUAGAAAAAGUAUUGCACGACCAUGGUUUUCGUUGUAGUAAUUUCAAUUUGCCUGUUCCUACUUUAAUAGCUCAGGAUGAUUUUUAUAAUAAUGAUCUUGAGGCAGCUGAGGCAUUGAAACUAAUUACUAAAUUAAAUUUUUUACAAAAAUCAGCCUUUGAUUUAAUCGUUCAAUCUAUCGAAAAUAAUGAUUUUACUCAGCGUUGUUUUUAUAUUGAUGGUCCAGGUGGAUCGGGAAAAACUUUUUUGUAUAAUACCCUAAUGUGCUACAUUAGAGGACGCAACAAAAUAGUUUUACCGUUUGCAACAACAGGCAUUGCCGCUAUUCUUUUAAAAGGAGGUAGAACAAUACAUAGUGGAUUUAAAUUACCUAUUCCGAUUGUUGAUAACUCUGUAUCUCGCAUGAGUCUUCAUUCCCCUGAUGCUACUGUUAUUAAAAGGUCCAAAUUAAUUAUUAUCGACGAAGCCACAAUGAUGACUAAAUACGCUUUACGCUGUAUCGAUAGAUUACUUAAAGAUAUAAUGCAAACACAGUUCCCAUUCGGUGGUAAAGUUAUAUUAUUGGGCGGCGAUUUUAGGCAAACUUUACCUGUCAUUCCAAACAGUUCAAAAGCAGAUAUUAAUGAAUCGUGUCUUAAGUCUUCUGAUUUAUGGGUUUAUUUUAAAGUUAUCCACCUUAACGAAAAUAUGCGGUUAUCUUCUGAAGAUGUUGAGUAUAAUUCCUGGCUUUUGAAUGUUGGAGAAUCUUUAUCAAAUGUUUCCAAUCCUUUACUUUCUCCAGAUUCGAUUGAAAUCCCAAAUUCAUUAUUAGAAAAUUCAUUAAUCAAUUCAAUAUAUGGAAACUCCAUACAAAUAUCUGAUAUUAACCUAUUUUCAAAAAAAAUUAUAUUAACCACUAAAAAUAACAUAGCCCUAAAUUUAAAUAAGGAAAUUAUUCAAAAACUACCAGGAAAUUCUAAGAUAUAUUUUAGCGCUGAUUCUAUACAAACAGAUAAUCCUAAGAAUUUACUAUUUCCCCAUUGA